AUGGAUACAUCUUAUUCCGGUCGUACGAACUCGCCGAUUGUUUCUCUCACUGAAGAUGAUGAAGAAAUAUCUCCUGAUUUGAGCGAUUUACUUCCAAAGAUUCGUAAGAUUAUAGAUCAAAAUGUCAUGAAACCUGUUGAUCCCGAGUUAUGUCAGUUGUUAAAGUUAUUGAGUGAAGGUCUGAGUAUUGCUGACAGACAGGAUGGAUUUUCCAAGUAUUUACGUGAUCAAGAAAAAAUGCAUCUACCAGCCUCAUCUACAUCACACAGAGAAAUCAUGGAGAUGGUUAGUUCAUUGAAUGUAUUUUUGGCUAAGCUGACUUUAACUGCUGACACUGUUGACCAAAUGAAAAACAAGACAUUGAUUCACAACCAUGAUCUAAAUACUCAACCCUCUGAAGAUAUUAAUUUUGAUGGAUAAGAAUCUGAAGGCAUCUGUAAAGCGCCAUGUUCCGGUGUGUGUAUCUGUGUGUGUUUGAAUCUAAAAGUGGUUGAAUUUCUGUAAUUGUGUACAUAAAUAACAGCGAGGAAAUUACACAAUGGAAAAUGAAAAAUUCAAUUUACAGUGAAAGCAAUUUAAUACCCUUUUUGAAUAAAAUGGAAUUUUAUACUGA